UUCAGCGGUCCGUUCUCAUCAGAGCCGCGCGACUCCAUUAUGCCAUUAUGGCCCCCCAGCCUGCAGCGGGCGCGUUCGGGACUGGCGCGAGGACGGAACGAGCGGCUGGAGAUGAGAUGAAGAUGAAGAUGAGAUGAACUAAAGAGCGCAUAGAGAAAUAGUCCGGAUGGAGAAAGUCGGCGGCUCUCCUCGACGUCCGCGUCCACGCGCGGCGCUGUCACCAUCCUGACUGGUAGCUCCGAGAGCGUCACCGCGAGCACGAGCACGAGCAGGGGCGAGAGCAACCGGCACGAUGAGCACGAGCCGCGAUCACUCCGUCCAGCACGUGCUGAGCCUUGGGGUGCAGGGGGCGGUGCCCGCACUGCAGCACUUCACCGAAAUGUGGUACUGGGUCUUCCUGUGGUGCUUGUUCUCCUCCCUGGUCGUUCAUGGCGCCGUGGGCCUCCUGAUGUUCGUCGCUCUGCAGCGGCACCGACGCGGGCGCCUCAUCACCCUGGUGCUGCUCAGCGUGGGCCUGCUGUCAUCCCUCAGCGGCGCCGUCAUCACCAGUGCUGCUGUGGCUGGUGUUUACAGGGUAGCUGGGAAGGACAUGGCCCCCCUGGAAGCACUCGUGUUUGGUAUGGGGCAGACUGCUCUCACCGUGCUCAUCUCCCUUUCACGCAUCUUGGCAACGCUCUAGGGAUGGACAAGCACAUGGACAGUGGACGCAGGCACUGGACUGCCAGAGGACGUGCAGUGAAGGAGCAUUGUCCUCAGACAGGAUGCCACUGGCCAGCAGUACACAGGAGCAGCAGGGCUUUUCAAGUGACCGUGAGCGUGCGGACACUGACCGGGCUCAUCUGAUGCCGACGGGACCGUUGUCCUCAGUCUCCCUGGGUGCUUUGCGGCCAGAAGAACGGUCGCGCCGAUCCUUGCCACCUACGGGUUAUCAAGACAGUUGGAUUAGCGGCAGCGGUGGAACCGGACAGUUGUACCGCCUGCACAAAAACGUGACGUUUUUGUUUGAAGAAGAAAAGUAGUGGCGGCAAAGACCUCCGUGAGUCUGGGACAAGGAUGUCGUCCUGGACGCAGCCGUGUUCCAAGCCUCUCGUGCCCCCCCCCCAAUGGCUUUGGUCACAGCUGCAACACUCGUGCGGGUGUGAACGGGCAAACUGCUCAGGACACUCGGUCAGCGCCAUCCCCACACCCAGCCCCAGCCCGUGGGAGAUUAGUUUUGUGAACGUAUCUGUGGUGUUGUGCUUGUCCCCGAAGAGCUGCCCGCUACCAUCUGUCCACCUGGUUUCCUCCCUCAUGAAGAACAUGUACACAGGCUGUGUGACGGCACCUCCCCAGCAAGACGAGGACAUGCCGCCCUUUUUUCAAGGUCACAUCACAGAGGUUUCUGAAGCCAAAGUUCCUCCGUACAAAUUCUUGCCAUUGUAUGUGUUGUGAUUAAGUUCAUUAAAAAAAAUGAGUAUUCCUAACGGUUCUGCAUGACUUGCAGGUGGUUGCCAUAGCAACAUGACGCCAAACUGAUGGUCAGUGUCCAGCAGCCGUUUUGCAGGAAGCUCUGCUUUUGGCCCAGAGUGUAGUGAAUCAGUGCAGCUCUUUAGUGUCCUUUGUUGUUCUUUGGAGCCACGAGACCACAAAAGGGAGCCUGGGGGUCUGGGGUGGGGUGGGAAAAGGAGUGGAGAUCAUUACAGGACUUAUGAUGAUGUUCAUAUUCAGUGCUGUGUGCAGGAUCACUGUUCAAUGCUUUGGUGAUUCAGGGUUGGGGCGGAGA